CGGCCCUGAAGUAACUUGUGGACUACAAGUCCCUGAAGGCGUCGGGCCCAGGGUUCCCACUGCACGUGCGCGUCCUGCUGCCCGCCGGAAGGACGAAGCCUGGCAGUGUUUAUCUCGUUGGGGACCGAGGAAUCGGUUGGCGCGCAACGGGUUCUAGGCUGCCAGCAGCGCGAGGACCGGCGGCCCCACCCCGGCCCGGCCUGGCAGUUCCUAGUGCUGGCAGCAUACGAGAGCCUCAGCUGUCAGAGAAACUCCUCCUGCCUGUGGGCACCCUGGGUGACCCCAGGGACAACGGAUCAGCUGGACAAGAACUCCCUGUGAGGGGCUAAUCAACCAUGGUUACAUGGAGUUCCCUGUCCUAGGUAGCAAAGGCAGCAGGCCGUGCCGGGGGGGCAUGUUCCUGUAACCUGUGGCCCAGGGGAUGUUACGGUGGACAGUGCAUCUGGAGGGCGGGCCACGCAGGGUGAACCAUGCUGCAGUGGCUGUUGGGCACCGAGUGUACUCCUUCGGGGGUUACUGCUCCGGUGAAGACUAUGAGACACUGCGGCAGAUAGACGUGCACAUUUUCAACGCGGUGUCCUUGCGUUGGACAAAGCUGCCCCCAGUGAGGCCUGCCGUCCGAGGGCAGGCUCCUGUUGUACCCUAUAUGCGGUAUGGACACUCAACCGUCCUCAUCGAUGACACGGUCUUCCUUUGGGGUGGGCGUAAUGACACUGAAGGAGCCUGCAACGUACUCUACGCCUUUGAUGUCAAUACUCACAAGUGGUCUACACCCCGAGUGUCAGGAACAGUUCCUGGGGCCCGUGAUGGACAUUCAGCUUGUGUCCUGGGCAAGAUCAUGUACAUUUUUGGGGGAUAUGAGCAGCUGGCAGACUGCUUUUCCAAUGACAUUCACAAGCUGGAUACCAGCACCAUGACAUGGACCCUUGUUUGCACAAAGGGCAACCCUGCACGCUGGCGGGACUUCCAUUCAGCCACAAUGCUGGGCAAUCACAUGUAUGUCUUUGGGGGCCGUGCUGACCGCUUUGGGCCAUUUCAUUCCAACAAUGAGAUUUACUGCAACCGAAUACGAGUCUUUGACACCAGAACUGAGGCCUGGCUCGACUGUCCACACACUCCGGUGCUGCCUGAGGGGCGCAGGAGCCAUUCAGCCUUCGGCUACAAUGGGGAGCUGUACAUCUUUGGUGGCUACAAUGCAAGGCUGAACCGGCACUUCCAUGACCUCUGGAAGUUUAAUCCUGGGUCCUUCACCUGGAAGAAGAUCGAGCCCAAGGGGAAAGGGCCAUGCCCUCGCCGGCGCCAGUGCUGCUGUAUUGUUGGGGAUAAGAUCGUCCUCUUUGGGGGUACCAGCCCCUCUCCUGAGGAAGGCCUGGGAGAUGAAUUUGACCUCAUAGAUCAUUCUGACUUACACAUCCUGGACUUUAACACAUCUGACAUGUCAUUUGAGGAGCUGUUGGAAUUUCAGAGCCAAGGGGGACCCAAGGCACACAGACAGUUGGUAGCUGGAAGGAGCGCUCAGAAGCAAAGCCCCAGACAACCUGUGUGUGCUGCGGAUAAGCACCGUCCUCUGGAAAUGUCAGCCAAAGUCCGAGUGCCGUUCUUACGUCAGGUUGUUCCCAUCAGUAAAAAGGUAGCCCGGGACCCCCGCUUUGAUGAUCUGUCAGGGGAAUAUAACCCUGAGAUAUUUGACAAAACUUACCAAUUCCUGGAUGAUAUCCGAGCCAAGGAGAAAGAGCUCGUGAGGAAGCAGUUGAAGAAGCGCCGCUCAGGGGAGGAGCAUGAGAAACUGCGGCAGCUACUUCAGCGGAUGGAGCAGCAGGACGUGGCACAGCAGGAGCGGAGGCAGCAGCAGGAGCUGCGCCUGGCCCUGAAGCAGGAGCGGCGGGCUCUGGCACAGCAGGGCCAUCGGCCCUACUUCCUGAAGAAAUCUGAGCAGCGCCAGUUGGCCCUAGCUGAGAAGUUCAAGGAGCUGAAACGCAGCAAGAAGCUGGAGAGUUUCUUGAGUCAAAAGAGGCGCCGGAAUGCAGGCAAGGACAGGAAGCAUCUCCCUUCGAGCAAUGAGUAGGAAGGAACUGUCCCAGGGAGACCUGGAUCUGUGGGACAGAUCUGGGGUUGGCCAGCUCUGGUUCUUCCCGCUCAAAGGCAAGCCUCACAACUCUCCCUCAACUGGGCUGCUCAGAAGACUGGCCUGCUGUGGGACUGUGCCAGGGCUGUGCAGCAGCAGGAGCUCCGUCCUCCAUCAAGACACACUGCCUUUCUCCAUCUGGUUCAUCGUGUUCUCAUGCUCUCCUGCCAUCCUUUCCUUAAGUCAGGGAUUCAAAAGAAAAGGGGCCUGGGCUGUGUUCCUGGCUCCAGGGAAAGGACUUUACAUAAGAGCCGCUCUGAAAACAUGCUUGUUACUCAUCGCUUUA